AUGUCGACUCGUGGUCGUUACGGUGGUAGUGGUCGCGGCGGUGGCCGUGGCGCUGGAGGUCGUAGUUCUGACGAGAGACCGGAGCAGACCUCCGGUGGCCGCGGAGUUGCUGUUUCCGGUGGGAGAGGUCGCGGAAACGCCGGACGGGGAAGCUCUUCAUCUCCUCCGCCGUCAGAUGUUGUUUCCGGUGUUUCUAAGGAGAUCGGAGCGAAAGUUGUAGCCGCGGACGUUGCUUCGUCUUCGGCGGCGUCCGUACAGGAGAAAACGACGAAAGUCCCGGAGUCUGACCCUAGUUUGACUCCGUCGUGCGGGCCUCCUGCUGGGGGCCCGCUAUGCCAAGUCAAAAGCGAGAGAAACCCCAUCCCUCUCUUUCCUUUUUACGCCCCCCUGCCGCCACACGAGAGGGACAUGGGGGCGUAA